UUUACAACCGCGGUGUGCAGAAAAGCAUCUCAGAAUGAACAACAUGGAAGACGGUACCACAAGGAAAAGUAUCCAUCCAUCCAUCCAUCUUCUACCACUUACUCCUUUUCAGGGUCAUGGGGAACCUGGAGCCUAUCCCAGGGAGCAUCGGGCACAAGGCGGGGUACACCCUGGACAGGGUGCCAAUCCAUUGCAGGGCACAAUCACAUACACACUCACACACCCAUUCAUACACUACGGACACUUUGGACACGCCAAUCAGCCUACCAUGCAUGUCUUUGGACUGGGGGAGGAAACCGGAGUACCCGGAGGAAACCCCCGCAGCACGGGGAGAACAUGCAAACUCCGCACACACAUGGCCAUGGUGGGACAAGGACAUGUAUAUUAGUACCUAUUAUUAUUAUUAUUAUUAUUAUUAUUAUUACUAUUAUUAUUAUUAUUUCUGACUUUGUGACGUCAGAACACUGUUUCUAAAUCUUUAGCAAGGGUUUUCUGUCCACACCGAAGUUAAGACACGCUGUAGAAUUGUUUAAAUGUUUAUUUCUCUUUCUAAAACGACUGGAGAAACUAAAAUGUGCAUUAUUUUUUUAAAAACCCUUCACUUUUUGUCUUUAGUUUCUUUUGGGGAGGUUGAAAAAUCUUCAUAACGGGGGCUGGGUUGGUUUCAAGUGCGCGAACGUUACAGGUGGACCGACCGCUCGAGGCUGCGGGGGCGCGCGUGCGUGUGCGCGCCUCCGUCGCAUUUUUUUAUUUGGAGCCACGAAGCGUUCAGAGUUCAUUCACGACCAGACGGAGCUCGGUGGAGCGCGCGCUUCACGGGGAAACCCCCAAAAACAAACAAGCGACACGCGCUCACAUCUCGGUCCUGCGGCACAAUUUGGGAUUACGUCGAGGAGGAGAACGUUCUUCAUCACCGAAAGGAUUCCUAUUCGGUCUUUUUUUUUACUUUUCUUUUUUUAAACAAUUUUUUUUUUUUUUUUUAACAAUUGUUGUUGUUUUAUAUCACGUUGACGGCGCGUGCACGAUGCAGCGAAGAUAAAGGAGAAACCGAGUCUUCAUUUUCGAUCACUUGGAACGCGAUGAUCGAGUCGGUCGCGUUUCGGGGAUCUCGACUCGACCGCGCCAGCGACCGUGUGUGCGGUCCGACCCUCCAUGGGAAGCAGUGAAAGCGCGCGUGAGCGGAGAUGAGAGCCGCGCUCUGCUGCCUCCUCGCGUGCUGCUGCUGCUGCUGCUGCUGCUUCUCCGUGCCGCACGCCGCCGCCGCCGCCGCAACCGGGGAGGCGCUGAUUCCUCGAGAGCUCAUCGAGAGACUGUCCAACAGCGAGAUCCACACCAUGAGUGACCUCCAGCGGCUUCUGGAGUUGCACACUGCAGAGAACGAGGUGGUUCAGGAGACUAAACGGCGCUACAGCAAAGAACAUCUCGACCACAACACCAACCUCAAGAGCUCACACACACGCCCGAGACACAAGAGGAGCAUUGAGGAAGCAGUCCCGGCCGCGUGCAAGACUCGGACGGAGGUGUACGAGAUCCCACGUUCUCAGGUGGACCCUACAGCCGCGAACUUCCUCAUCUGGCCACCAUGCGUAGAGGUGGCACGGUGCUCGGGCUGCUGCAACACCAGCGCCAUGCGCUGCCAUGCUAGCAAAAAACAACACCGGAGUGUCAAGGUGGCUAAGAUCGAGUAUGUGCGUCGCAAACCGAAACUGCGGGAGGUGCAGGUGCAGCUGGAGGAUCAUCUGGAGUGUGUGUGCGUGUCCAAACACCACACAGAGUCCCGCUUACACACAGGCCACUCUAGGGCAAGAGCUAAAAAGAGGAAAAGGAUACAGGAAAAGUCGGACAAAAAAAAAAAAUCUGAAAAAGCGUACACUCUCGGGUCUUAGUCUAACGUUGCCGCCGGACUGAGUUGGCAGGUAGGAGAUGUACGGUGAAUCUGACUGGAUCGACUUGGAGAGUGUGUGGUGAUAAAGAAGGGCCAGCCAUCUUGUCUAAUCAAAACUGAUUCUAUCUGACAUCAUCCAGAGAAAAGGCAGCCCGAGCAAACAAUCACCGCAAUCCACUCACCUUGGCCUGGAUUAAGCUAAACGGACCGUUGCGGAGCUUUCAGACCUUUUGGACUGGAUGUCUCUUGGACUUUUUGAUUUAAAAAAAAAAAAAAAAGACGCAAAUUCAGCUGAUGGACGGAUUUUUUUUUUUUUUUUUUCAGUCAAAACUAUAAAGACUGCAGAUUUUCCUUGGCUUCGGCGUGGAGUCUGAAUGCUCAUAACGGACGGUCCCGGCUUGGAUCUUGGAUCUACCAUAUAAUGGACAGACACAACUAUUCACUUCUAUAGCAAGAUUCCUUUCUUCCAGCAAACACUUUUUUCAGUAUACACUCUUAUUUUUGUAGCCCCAUUUUCUAUUCAGAUUCAUAUGCUGUAUGUACAGUAGAAAAAAAAACAGCCUCCAAUAGCCUUUAAUAAACUAUUUAUAAGUGCA